ACACCACACCCCACGAGGUUGCUACGUGUACGUUCAAGGGGGAGGGGCACGUAAGCAAGAAAAAAAAAGGAAAGGAGAGCGAAACGAUUUUUAUUUCAACAUCUUCAUAGAAAGUCAAAAGGUAAGAAUAUUAACAAUUGUUCAUGGUUAGUCCCUGCAAAAAGCGUUUGACAUUAGAGCUCUUGCAAAAAUGCAUGCGCCGUUGUCUUAUUUUCCAAUGCAACUUCGGUGCAUUUACCAUCAGCUCUAUGCAGCGCCAUUACGGUGUGGGGUAGCCUAAAUCAAUGGACAAAAUGGCCAUAUUAGAAUUUUUGCUGGAAGACGUGCAUCUUAACCGAUAUACAUUUUUGCUAACUAUUUACAUGCCCCCACCAUUCCAAAACAUCAUAGAAAAUUGCACACUCUUUGUGGUUUUAUCGAUGUUUGACGAUAAUGUACUUUGCAAAGAGCAGUAUCUUGCAUUUGAUGAAUGCACAGGCCAUGAUUAAUGUUGCCUCGCACAUACAGAAGCAGUGGGUGACUGCUUGAUGUUACCAUUGGGUCUUGCUAAGUUGCUUUAGAUCCAACAACUUUAUUGUGAUCGAUAAUACAUAAUUUAUCUGUCAGUGCUGAGGAAAUGUUUUAAUUUAUCAUUUACAUCUCUAUGGUCAACAGUUUGGAGUCAUGCCUAUACGUCGUGCAGCUGGGACUCCACCCCAGGAGACACCCCCCUCGGCUGCACCAGAUGGAGGUGAGUUCAAGACCCUCGACAUGAACAGGAACUAUGCUUUGGGAUUCAUAUUGGUACCCAGCAUUGACAGACUACGAGUGAAUACAGUCACCAAUUGACAGAACCUGAUUGGAAUUCUGGUGAAUCUGGGUCUUUCUCCCUAUUAGUGAUUAUUUUAGGAAAGAUUGGAAUCGGACAUCUCCCCAUUGUUCAGAGUUCUUGUUGUUGAGAGGCAUGUAAUUAAAGUUUUAGAUCUACUUGCUGAAUUGACAUUCACUCUUGUCUUCCUCCCUCCACAUUUCUUUUCAGAGCCUGAUGCCAGCUCUGAGGAAUCUGCCUCUGUUGAGGAGGAGCAGGAGGUAGCCCCAGUAGCCAAGAAGGGGGAGGGUCAAGGAGAUGGUGAGGGCACAGGUGAAGGAGACCCAAAAGAGAAUGGUGAGAAACCUGAGGGAGAGAAACCUGAUGAAUCGACUGGAAAUAAGACUGAGGAGAAGAAGGCUGAGGGGGAAGAUGCUGAGAAGGAGUGAGUUGCUUGUGCUCAUACCCUGCAGAUGUUGCUUUCAUAUCUAUGUAGAUGCAUGUUUAAUUUCACAUUUUUGUGCUUGCUGUGUUGUGGUUUGGCAGCAGAGAGAAAGAUGGAGUGAAAGAGAAAGUCAAGAAGCCAGUUAAAAGGACCAUUCCCGCCUGGGCCACCAUGUCUGCAAGCAAACGUGCAACGCUCACUAAUAAGAACACCUCCACCAUGCAGCCGCCUAGGAUGGACGACAUCCUCAUCGAGGCUAUUGAGGUCUGUACACAACACUCUUAUUACCUUUUUUAUGAUGUUGUUAUCCCUUACUCCCCACGAAUGCAGCACCUGCAACUCAUCAUAUUUCCUCUCUGCAGUCCUGCAAGGAGAAGACUGGGGCCUCAGCUCAUUCUGUCAUGAAGUACAUUGUGAAUAAAUACCCUAACCUGGAGCUGGACAAGAGGAAAUUCCUCCUCAAGAAGGCUCUCAAGAGGCAGCUGGAGAAGGGCACCAUCAAACAGGUAACCAUGAAUUAACAUGAAUUGCAAAUGUUAGGCGUCAGCCUAUCCUAGUGUUCUUGACCUGUCAAAUCAAAUUUUAUUUGUCACAUACACAUGUUUAGCAGAUGUUAUUGCAGGUGUAGCGAAAUGCUUGUGUUUCUAGCUCCAACAGUGCAGUAUAUAUAACAAUUCACAACAAUACACACAACCUAAAAGUAAAAGAAUGCAAUUAAGGAAUAUAUAAAUAUUAGGAUGAGCAAUGUUGGAGUGGCAUAGACUAAAAUACAGUAGACUAGAAUACAGUAUAUACAUAUGAGAUGAGUAAAGCAAAAAUAUGUAAACAUUAUAAGUGACUAGUAUUCCAUUAUUAAAGUGGCCAGUGAUUUCAAGUCUAUGUAUAUGGGGCAGCAGCCUCUAAGGUGCAGGGUCACGUAACUGGGUGGAAGCCGCCUAGUGAUGACCUGUGGGUUACUUGUUGUGGUGCCCUAUACCCAGUGCAUCUGGUGCUUUAUCGGCCUGCAUACUCAUGUUGCUUUACCUCUUAUUCACUCGCACAGCUGAAGGGUAAAGGCCUUUCUGGAAGCUUUACCAUUGGGAAGCAGCCCCCUAAUAAACCCACUGCUAAAGGGGUAGGUAUUUUCAGUCACCUAUCUACAAACUUAAACAAUAGCAAUGUGCCAUUUAUGUGAUUGUCCCAUUAGGCUUUUAGCAGACAUAAUUUGAAUAUAAUAUAAUAUAUGCCAUUUAGCAGACCCUUUUACCCAAAGCGACUUAGUCAUGCUUGCAUACAUUUUCAGUACGGGUGGUCCCGGGAACCGAACCCACUAUCCUGGCGUUACAAGUGCUAUGCUCUACCAACUGAGUUUGACUGUGAUUCUGAUGGUUUGGUACUAGAAGCCGAUGGCAGUAGCACCUGGGUUGAAGGCCGAGACCCUUGGGGAUGCUCUGCCCUUGAUCAUCACACGGCUAUGUGAGCCCAAAGAGGCGUCUUACAUCCUGAUCAAGAAAUAUGUGGAGCAGCACUUUCCUCAACUCAACGUGGAGCAUCGGUAAAUACCUUUUUAUUGUCAUAUUUGAUUGAGGAUGGGUUCAGUGAUCGGGUCCUGUUAUUCUCUGAGUACGUAAACAUGCUAACUUGACGUAUUACCUGACAUGGUAAUGCAAACUUCUGCACAACCCAAAUCUACAGUGUGUUUAAUGCAGUCUGAAAAUAAGGAACCCACUACCUUUUGAACUGUGGGAUGUCCAUCAAAGUGGUGUGGAUUGGUGUAGGUUAAAAUAAGGUUCUCAAUGCAGUCACCCAUUUCAUUCCUAGGCCGGAUAUCCUAAAGAGUGGCCUGGUGAGAGCUGUGGACAAGGGUCAACUGGAGCAGAUCACUGGAAAAGGUGCCUCUGGAACAUUUCAGGUUAGUCUUUUACUAAAGGAAUGCACAAUUCAGUGUACUACAUAAAGGCCUUUGGCAUCUAUAAUGUUAGAUCUUUGCUCUGAGGUGUUUCUCUCACUCUCUCUUACCCUCUCACAGCUGAAGCGGGAAGGGGGCAAGUUCCUGCUUAAAGGUGGGCCCCUGGAGGACGCUAUCAUGACAGCCAUCGUGGCCAUGAACGAACCCAAGACUUGCAGCACUACCACACUCCGCAAAUUCCUGUUAGAGACAAACAAGGACAGCAUGGAGUACCGUGUGGGUAAGACCUGUCCCUGACUCUCCUAACCGAACCACUGCUUUGACAAGGUGUGAAUACCUACCUGCAACUGCAGGAGCUCUCAUUAGCUGGGUUGAAUCAGAGAUGUUAAGAUGCUUUAUUGACACUGGGCACUUCUCUUCCCUCAGUGAACAGCCUGAAGAGGACCCUGCAGAAGUGCAAAAUGAUGGGCUGGAUGGAGCAGAUCACUGGGAAUGGGCUAAACGGGACCUACCAGCUCUGCUACCCUUACCACCCCAGGUAGAACACUACUCUAGGAAGAUUACUAUGUGAAGUUCAUUGCUGUCCUCUGUACAUCAUUACACAAUUGUGUUCUGUACCAGGAACAGUAUUCUCUGUUUAGAAAGAUGCUGACUACACUACAAAUCAUGUCAGUUAUCAUUCAUGUUUACUGAACCUCUGAUGUACUGAAUAUUUCAGCAGUCUGGCAGUAAUGAGAGACAGUCGUGGAUCUAACAGAAAUGGCUGCACUCUUGAAAUACCCGUUAAUUUUUUUAUUUUAUUUUUAGUUGGCUCAGAUUGUCCUUUCUUAUUCCACAGCCCAGCCAUUCUGUUCCCAGAAAAACAGAAAGCGAAAGAGCAGAAAAUGGCAGAGAAGGCCAAAUGCAGAAAGAUGGUUGACUCGUCUGAUGAGGAGGACUCUGAUGAGGAGGAAGAGGAGUCGUCUGAGGAGGAUGAGGAGUCAGAUGAUGAACCCCCUCCUAAGAGGUGAGUCGAAGGUCAAGUUGCUGAAAUCCGAAGAAAAUAUUUUUAUAUUGUCAUACAUAGUGGGUUUUGAAAUGGUUCACUGCUAACAGUGUAUUUGUUCAAUACAAUCCUUAGGAAAGCUGUGAAGCGGCCACCACCUAAAGCACGUCGCCCUCCACCCAGCAAGAAGUCACAGCCAGCAAGUCAGUCAAGGGCUAAGGGCAAGAAAAGGGCUGCCCCUGCGAAGAGAUCUGCACCCCCAGUCAAGAAACCAGCACCCCCAGCUAAGAAAGCAGCACCGCCAGCCAAGAAGUCUGCUCCCCCAGCGAGGAAACCCGUGCCACCAGCAAACAAACCAGUGCCCCCAGUUAAGAAACCUGCAGCCACCAGUAAAGCUGCAGCCUCAAAGAAGGCAUCCCCUCCAGCUAAGGCGGCACCCACACCAGUCAAGAAAGCUGCUCCGGCGAGCAAGCCCAAAACGCCCAUCGUCAAAAAGCUUACGAGCAGGGCAUCAAAGCGGCCAGCGCCCAAAAAGUCACCACCUGCAAAGAAGGAAGCAGCCAAAUCUGCAGUGAAGGCCAAGCCAGCAGCCCGCAAGUCUCUGAGGGAGAGGAAGUGAGCUCACUAUUGCCCAGCAGUGGAAGUUUAACUGUAGCUCUGAAGACCACAGUGCUCUGCCUCUAUUCUUGCUCUCUUUCGCAUCAUUGUUUUCCCCCUGUUUGGGGCUCUAGAAUUCUUCUCUGUAUGAUAGGGAUGUGACAGUUAUCACUUCAUGUCAAUUUACUGUACUUUGUGAACUGUUACAUUUCUGUGAAUCCAAUUUUUAAACGCCAUUGUGUAGAAAGUCCUCAUCAAAAACUGUAAAACUGCCUAGGUAUUCAAUUGUGUAAUUUCACAAUUUCCCUCACACACUUGUGUAUAUGCAGAGAUCUAACAUAAAAUCAGUGACUUGUCUUUUCAUUUUUAACAUUUCAUCCCAAUCCACUUUCCCAUAUUUUAGCUUGACACAUUCCUUGUAUAAAAAUAUAGAUUUCUCUACAUUUAAUCUGGAUAAACUCAAAUCUUAAAGGAUAUUGGGAUAUAUGUUAUUAAGUGAAUUUGAGAGCAUGAGAGACAACUUUCCUUUUAGUGAGUUAUGUUAUUUUAAUUAACAUUCCUUGAUCAGUUGCUGGGCCCUUGGUUGAAAUACUUAAUUUGAUUGGAGACUGACAUCAGGAAGCACAGUUUGUCAUUGUUAUGUUCAGUACUACUGCAUAGUAUUAGGGGAAUAUUUUUUUAAAGUGUGAAAACAAACUAAUCAGUUCAUUGUACCAUAUAAAGCUAAAAAUAAAAAUAAAAAAAACAUCUGUGUAAUAGUGCAGGAUUGAAUAAACUUCAUUUUGAAGGUGUGUAGCUCAUGU